AGUAGGGAGCGCACCAAAAGUUUGGGAGUUUUCGGUGGGCUGAGUGUAUUAAUGGGACGCCCCGGCGUUCAGUGUGUGUUUGCCAGUGUUUUAUGCGCGUGACAAUUUCUCACAGUGGACGAGGAGUUCUUUUACAGCUUUUUUAUUUAGUUCUAAAUCGGAUUACAUGCGUAAUGAUGUGAAGUAAGACAUAUACAUCACAGCCGUGAGGAGAGUGGGCAGCGUCUUUCUUGUGGACUUUUCACCUGUGGUAUAUAAUUUGUCUGGAAACGAAAUCUUCGACUUUUCAUGGAACAGACUUUGACACCCAAGAACAAGAAGUGAAAUUCAUGGCCCCCAUCCCCAUCCCUCCACUCUCAAUCCCUCCUCCUCCUCCUCCUCCUCCUCCGCCCGUCUCAGCCAGCGGUCUGACCCGAGUCGACUCUGGCCGCAAACACCGGCUUCGCAACCUCAACUGGGAGCGGAUCCCCAAAGAGCGUGUGGAGGGCCGUAAGAGCGUGUGGAGCGGCUCUCUGGAUGAGGACUGUGAGCUCUCCAUUGACCUGAGGUCUCUGGAUGAGCUCUUUGGGCAAAAAGAGGGUGACAGGCCAGACCGGGCCAGCGGCUUCCGGCGCAGUUUACGGCACUGCGGGUCUCCACAAGAGACUAGUGUGGACAAAGUUACGCUGCUUGACUCAAAACGCAGCAUGAAUGUUGGGAUAUUUCUGCGGCAGUUGAAAAUUGCUGCUCGGGAGAUUGUGGAGGAUGUGCGGCGAGGCGUCGGAGAGCGUUACGGAGCUGAGAAACUGACAGAACUCUGCAAGCUGCUGCCUGAUAAUGAAGAGGGAGGUUAUGCUGGGAAUGCUGCUGGAUUCAGGAUUUCCUCUUUACUCAAAUUGGCCGACACCAAAGCCAACAAGCCAGGCAUGAACCUCCUGCAUUUUGUAGCCAUGGAGGCUGUGAAGAAGGAUAAAGACUUGCUGAUGUUUCCCAGCCGCUUGAGUCACGUUGGUCCAGCUUCAAGGUUGUCAGAAGAGUCUGUGGUGGAGGAUCUUUCUCGACUACAAAGCAGAGUCGCUGAACUCCGAGUUAGAGCUCAGGCUGAUGCUGAAAUCGAGCAGCAGACCAGAACAUUUCUAGAGGUUGCGGAAGUGAGGCUGCAGGAAUCUCAGGACGAGCUGGAAAGCUUACAGAAGACCAGUAAGGCCCUUGUGGAUUUCUUCUGUGAAGAUGACAAGUCCUUCAAACUGGAGGAGGCCUGUCUUAUCUUCCACUGCUUCUGCCAUCGCUUCCAAAGAGCCGUGCAGGAGAACACAGAGAGGGAAGUACAAGAGCAGCGGCGUUUGGCGCGCGAGCGUGAGAAUGUGGAAAAGCGUCGAUCUCUGGCUCUGUGCACCGGACUGCAAGCAGAGCAGGAGUCUUCUGAGCUGGAGCAUGCGCUGCAGAGGAGCUUGAGUUACACGGGGAGCCGCCGCAGCCUGCGCAGGCUCUCGCAGUACUUCCUCCGCUCCGGCGAGAGAAACGUGAAAUCUCACAACACGCAGCACUCAGACCUACAUGCUCCCGAUCCUGAAGGAUUCAGCAGAGACUCGGCACUUAGACAUUUGCUGCUGAGGAAUGAUGCAGACGCCGAGGAGACUAAAGGGAUGAAUAAAGUCAAACAAGCUCAGCGUUUAAGCACAGAUUCAACAUGUGACCUGCAGCGAGAUGCAUUGGCUUCCCCGAAUGCUACAAAAAGCCAUUCUAGGCUGAAUACGAGAACAGUCCCCAGUGAGAACACUUUUGUUGCUUUGGGAAAAACAAGUAUCGCGUCACAUCAGCAGGGGGCAGUGAAUGGCUUGCCGCUCACAGGACUAUCCCCUGACAAAGUUUUGAAAGUUGAGAAACCAGUUCAAGACAACUCUGAAAGGCUGACACAGAUAGAAACCGAUACCUUGAAGGAUGCUAAGACUAAAGAGUGUGUAAAUGGCAAAUCUCAAAAGGGAGUAACACCACAGAGAGAGACAUGGUCAAGUGCAUCUUCUCCUCCUGAAGAUCUAGCCCAGGAGCCCUGUAGCCCAGAACGAGAGCGCGUUUACCCGGCGAUUGGAGAGACGCUGGAGUGCCACACCCUAGUGAGGGCCCUUCGCUCCUACGAGAGCCUGUCUCCGACUGUGACGCGGCCGACCACCAAUCACUGCUCCAAAUGGAAGAAAGAGCGGGAAGCCGAGAAGCGAGACGGCACAAGCUCACCGCAUGCCAAGGGUGAUUCCCGUCUGGUAAAGACGCCGACUCGAGGGCCAACCAAAAGACUGCUGGUACAGCGAGGAGGGCCCUCCAACAGCAGCGGGAUCCCUAGAGUGCGCUCAAAGGCAGAACCGACUCCUGCGGACGGUUUGUCUGCUUGUCAGGUGUCACGGCCUUCCCCUACACACCCCUCGUCCAUUCGCACAUCGCUAGCGGCGCGCUUCGCUGGCGUUCAAAAUGAACUCAAACGCAACAGCAAUGCACGCCAGAGGGUAAACGCCCCGUCCGAUAUGGGGAAACACAAAGUUAACACUCCUGAGAAGCUGACCCAGGAUAAGGACAAGUGUCGGGAGCCGUUUGUAAGGGGUUCGCCGCUUCGCGUUUCCAAACGCCUAGCACCCAACUCUGAAUCCCAGUCUCCCCAGAGCAUACACUCUCCCAGCGCUGCUACGACUGCAAAGACAAUCCGCACUGCCAUCAUAAGUGCAGCCAAAGCCAAGACAACCAAGACUCCUGGCACCAGAAUUCCCAAACCGGCUGCCCAGCCCAUGUGGAGAUGAUAUCUGGUUUCUUUUGAACUCUGAGUGGCAGUGGGUUGAUGUUAUCUAUGCAUGUCGUAACAUGCGAAAGGAACUAAAUUGAUAUGAUUUUCACUGGUGGGUUUCAAGGUUUUUGUGUGAACGGUCAACUCAAACUGCAGAAUGCCAGUAAAUACAGGAGCCAUUCAUUGGACACUAAUGCAUCCGAGCAGAGUGACUGCUACUUUCUGAGCUCUCCGCUGAUUAUUCAGGUCACGGCGAAUUUCGCCUCUUAUUUCAGGACUUUGAUGGAAACUGUCAGGAGAGUCUUGUCCAGCACUGUCUUUAGCUCUACCUCUGAACACUCGAAUGCUCCGUGCAGGUUACAGCGCACAUCGGAAGGAUUCCUGCCUGAACCUUCUUUCAGUAUGUGUUUAGUUUGUGAUGUUAGAAUGGAGCUGCCACAGUUAACGACUGAAGUGAACGCUCAUGUGGGAUAUUGAUUUUAACUUGCCCUUUGAUUCAGGUCAAAUCGAUUGUUUCCUUGAGUUACAGGUACAAAAUAAUGAUGCAAAACUUGUUCAAAUCAUGCAUGUAAUAAUUCAAGAUCCCAAAGCAAAUGUGUCAAAGUAAAUAGUGUGUGAGGUGCGUGUCCAUUUGUACAUGUUGGGUUCCUUCAACUCUGAUGCACUUUACAGAUGAAAGAGAGAUUUAAUGCUGGCAGAAACCGUCUUUGUGGUAUUCUGCUGUACUUGUGUGUUUUGUUUAUAUGGAAUGUUAAAUUAACAAUCAAAAACACAGCUGCCAUUUGUAAUGUUUGUAUCUGC